AAGUACCGCCCAUUCCAACAAUUUCGUAAUAAGUGGUGAUUGUAAAAAUAAUACCGAUUUUUGCUUAUUCUGCAUUAUUCUUCUAAUAAUAUAAAAGUUAUUCGUUGUUUGUAUUACCUGCCUAUGUGCAUUAAGUAGAUUUUGCCAUGGGUAUUCGCAAAUGCAUUAUAAGUGACUGUCCAAGCAGCUCAGCUCGGAAAGAGGAUCGAGGCGUUACCUAUCACAAAAUUCCAGCUAAUGAGCAGAACAAGAAAAAAUGGGUUCUCGCUUGCCGCUUACCAGAUAAUUACGUUAUAAAUAAAGGUUCAAACGUUUGCAGUCGGCAUUUCCGUAAAGCAGAUUUUCAAGAUUUCAAAGGUACCAAGUAUGUUUUGAAGUUUGGUGCUGUUCCAACAAUUUUCUCUUGGAGCAUUGCUUCCGUUCCGAAUAAGAAGAAGAAAGAUGAUACUGCGAAUUUAGACAAAGCGAAAGGGUCGUUUAAAAAGGAUUUAAUAGAUACAGACAAACCGGAUGAGCAAAAACAAGAUGUUCCCGUAGAGUCAAUUAAAAUUAAACCAGAUCCAGAUUCCAAAACCGAGGAUGUGUCAAAUGAUAACGAAAGUGCAGAACAAGAAGAACCAAUCAAACAUGAAGUCGCAGAUGACGAUGUGAUCUUGAAGGAAGAUACCUUAAUAACUCCACUGCUAGGAUCUAAGAAAAGAUCCGCGACGAAAAGGAAGUCUUCGCCUAGAAAAGCCCCAGCGCGUGGUGCUUCAGCAAAAAAGUCUCGCAAAAGUGAGCCUGCCUCUGUUUCUUCAACAUCUAAAGAGAAAAAAACAUCACACUCACCUCGUAAAUCAGCUUCUUUCACUGCUGGCCACAGUCAGUCACCAAUAAAUUUUAUAUCAGGAACCAAAAUCGAAGCGCAGGACUUUGCAGGCAAGUGGCACCCGGCGAAAUUGGUAGAAGUAGACACCGAAGAACGCGAAGUACUUGUUCAAUUCGAAAAAAAUGGCAAGAGUAAGUCAACUUUGAACGACGAAUGGAUUCCUAUGGACAGCGUCCGACUGAGGCCGCUCCAGGCACCGAAAAUACCUAACGAGAAAAUCAGCUAUGCUAUUGGGGAGAAAUGCUACGCACGCUGGAGUGAUUCACGCAAGUUUCGAGCUACAAUCCAGACCAUAUUGGAGAAUGAUAUGUAUGAGGUGUUGUUUGACGACGGGUUUAUUAAAGUUUGCAAAGCAAGUCAUAUAAGCAAAUUGAAAAAGAGCGAUUACAGUGAUCAGGAUGCAGAGCCGUUGGCUACACCGAUUAAACAAGAAAAAGAUUCAGCAUCGGUUGAAAUAGCUCCGAAUAUUCCGAUCACACCGAUAUCUGCUCUUUAUGUUCCCCAGAUUGCUAAGUUGAGCGAUUUUCCGGAGGUUCCUAAAGGAGGUGAAUGGUGUUGUCACUGGAUGAAUGAUUUUCCGGUCGGAGAUGAAGCAACUGCUGAUAUAGCCGGAUUCAAGAUACACAGCGUUAUUGUACCUGAUUGGCGUUUGCCAGACGGAUGGGUGAAGCACGUCUAUCAGCGUAUAACUGCCUAUGGAAAGCUAGAUGUAUUGCUGAUCAAUCCGGAGGGAAAAGCUUUCCGCUCGCGACAGGAAUUGAAAUCUCAUUUUGCAAACAAAGGUCAAGAAUAUGAUAUAAACGUGUAUGACUUUGGGCUACACAAAAAACGAGCUAAAGAGCUAGGUUUUUGCCAUUACACAAAAGAGUACAAGGAAUCACUCAUUCCGCAGCCGAUCAAAACUGAACCCGUCUUGCUAAAUACGGAAGUAAAUAUCGGUUCGGUAAAGGUUAAAAUUAUUGACAACUUGUUUCAGUGUCCGGAAUUAAAUUGCUUGAAAACAUUCCGCAAGGAGAAUCACCUUCAGAUUCAUAUCAAGCAUUAUCAUAAGGAACUCGCUAAAGGUUUAGGUGAGAUUCCAAACAUGCAAGAUUUAGCCUCACUCAGGACGCCAGUAGAAAUUCUAGAAGCUCCACACAAAUUAACCAGACGCAAGUCAAUUUCUGCGUCUGCCUUAAAAAAUUUACAGAAAGAAGAAACAAACAAAGAGGAUAUCAUUGUCAAGAAAGAACCUGGAUUGGACGAUCUUGUAAAAGUUGAUUUAAAAAGGGAUAGCGCUAUAGAGCAAGCAUGUGACGUCAAGAAGGAAAAUACAGAUCUAGGUGUUAAAUCUCAGGACUUCACUGAAACGGCUGCCUUAGCGGAUAUUAAAAUACCAAAGCAAGAAAUUUCGGCUACUACGAUUGCUACCGAUGGCGAUCCUGAGGAAGCUGUCGAAUCUCAUAUCAAACACAGUGCAAGAAGAGGCGUUACAAAAAUAAAGCUCUUUUCAAAGAAAAAAAGAGGGCCCAAAAAAACAAAAUCUGGUAACAUUUCGGAACGAGUUGCUGUGGUCGCCGCAGGAGCUGCCACCAGGAAGAGGAAGCGCAAACUAAAACUAUCACGAACAUCCAUAGAUUAUAUUGAUGCUGACGAAACCUGCCACUCGUUUGCUGGGGGUAGCAAUGCUACCGGCACUAAUGAUAGUUUCUACAGACAAGGCUUUGGCUUUGAAAAGGAUACAGAAACGAGUCAAACGACGAACGCAAGCAUUUGUGGACAGUAUGGUGAUGAUUCGAUCAAUGCUGCUAUUAGCAGUCCGCGAUUCAUUAACGAAAACGGAGAAGUUAUAAAGAUUGUAUCGAUGAGAAAAGAGGAAAUCAUCAACUGUCUGUGUGGCUACGGUGAGGAGGAUGGUUUAAUGGUACAGUGCGAAUUGUGUUUGUGCUGGCAGCAUGGUAUUUGCAAUGGAUUCGAACGAGAUACACAAGUACCAGAUAAGUACGUGUGCUACAUUUGUCGUAACCCGCAAGGUGGUAGAGAGUCCAGACGUUAUAUUCACGAUCAAGAUUGGUUGUAUGAGGGUAAACUACCAGUUGCUAACUACCACGUACCAAACCCGAAACAUUCUACUCGAUUCGAUAUUCUCAAACAAAGUCACACUUUAGCGGGUAACUUACUGGAGCUAAAACGGUUCAUGCAUAGUUUGAAAGUUAAGAUCAACAUCGCAGAUAAAAAAGACCAUCCUAAAAUGUACCUCUGGUCAAAGAAAUGGGAAAAGAGUCCUCCGCGAGGCGGUAAUGGUGAUUUAUCAGGAAUCGUACCUCCUAAUCCGUCUGUUACGUCUGCCGCGACACCACCUACUACGCAAGGAUUGCUCAAUGCAACAGUAAAUCGAAACGACUCAUCUGCACAGAAAGCAGCUCCUACUUCUCAAAUUCCUGUCCCGGAGGCUCCCAUCGAUCCAGCUGAGUGUCAAGCCAUACUACUGGAGCACAUUCAAAAGCAGCAAAAUGCCGCAAUGGCUCGGCUUCAAGCUAUCGAAGCUCAAAUUAUAGCCCUUGAAGCCUACGAUGAUAAGUCGGAGCUACUUGAAUCUCCUACGGCUAAAAACUACCCUAAGACGAAACAAACCAUUCACAUGCUAUUAAACGAUUUAGUUAAAAUGAAAAAGAUCGCUGCGAUUCAUAGGAGUGCACAACAACCUCCCCAGUGUUGAAGCAUACUUCAUGAAACAAAAAUAUGUGGAGUGGAGCUCCCAUAUUAUACGGGUUAGUAACGAAAGGCUGAAAUUAAAAAGGCUGAAACUCGAAAGGCUGAAACUUUUGAAUCAUAAUCGUUGAAAAAUUCGAACACAUGGAUAACAAACCUUUAUAAGGUCACAGAGUUCAAUGUUUGAGUAUUAAUUGGUUUGUCCAAUGGAUAAUUAAUUUUCGGCAAUAUUUGAAUCUAUACACACUUGACUCUUGUACACGUUUCCUAGAUGAUUCAGGGCGAGACGGCCGAAGGCCGCGAGUGUGCGCCGGCGACCCGCCGUCGGAAGCGCCGGCCACUGCGGGGGGGCACCCCCCCCCCCCGCAGAAAUCACCCCUGUAUAGGUUCGUUCGUUUUCCUAGGUCUACUGACUCGUAGGGGUGAUCCCCUAGUUUAGUCCGAACGAGCGAUAGCGAGUAAGGACAGCAUACAACUCGGACAAUCAAGUCGGCCGUAGGCCGCGAGCGUUUUUUUUAGAAAUGAACUUUGUGAAUUUCAGCCUUAUGAUUUUUCAGCUUUCCGUGAUUCAGCCUUUCGUGUUUUCAGCCUUAUGUAGUUUUCAGCCUUUCGUGAUUUCAGCCUUUCGAAUUUCAGCCUUUCGUGUUUCAGCCUUUUGAGUUUCAGCCUUUCGUAGUAGACCCUAUUAUACUAUGUUGUGAUAAUAAAAAAGCAUUUCACAAAUUUGUUUACAAUAAAACAAACAUUAAUUGCAGGUUUGAA